AUGGUGAAAAGAUGCAAAGGUGACGCGGGUCACCAGCGAAUGAACUACCUGUACCAAGCAGCCCACUGCACCCUGGCACAGAACCCUGGGAACACUCAGCUGGCCAGGUUCUACAUCGAGACCAUGAAGAAUGUAGCAGCAAAGCUCGUGCUAAGACUUGAUCCUCAUAUCAAGCGUACUAUAUGCAAAAAGUGCAGUUCCCUUUUGAUCCCUGGGGUCACUGCUACUGUCAGGGUCAAAGGUCGUAGGCAGAAGCACGUGGUAGUGACAUGCUUAGAUUGUAAACAAGUCAAGAGGUUCAAUACGGAUGAAAAGCAUGUUCUGUGGGCACAUAAAACGGAAGCCAUUCAAGACAAGAGCUGA